AUGCAACAACCAGCUCUACCCUUGCAGCCGGGUCAAGCAUGCAUGAACGUCAUGAACAACACGGUGGUGGUCACCCAGCCUGGCGGGUCGGGUAACAGUCUGCUGCUCAUUGGCAAGGACAAGUUGCAGUUUCGAAGCUGGACCUCUCACAUCUGCUCUUGUUUUAACGACUGCACCAGUUGUAUAUUGGGCACCAUGUGCCUGCCUAUCUUGCUGUGUCGGGUGUCAAACCGUCUCAACGAGUGCGCCCUGAUCACUUGCUGCGCUGCUGGCGGCUUCAUGGCUCUGAGGACCAAACUACGAACCAUGGGCGGGAUUAAGGGCUCCAUCUGCAGUGACUGUUUCAUGACCACUUGCUGCGGCCCAUGCGCGGCUUGUCAGAUGUCUCGUGAAAUGGACAGUAUGGGGUUAUAA